GGGGGGGCCGCCCGCCGCUGCCGCCCCGGGCUCCGACACCUACAAGGGUUGGCUCUUCAAGUGGACCAACUACCUGAAGGGCUACCAGCGCCGCUGGUUCGUGCUCAGCAACGGGCUCCUCAGCUACUACAGGACACAGGCAGAAAUGGCCCACACGUGUCGCGGGACCAUCAACCUCUCCACGGCUCACAUCGACACGGAGGACUCUUGUAACAUCGUGCUUUCCAACGGGGGGAGGACGUAUCACUUGAAGGCCAACUCGGAGGUGGAGAGGCAACGCUGGGUGACGGCCCUGGAGCUGGCCAAGGCCAAAGCCAUCCGCAUGAGGAACAACCAGUCAGAUGACUCGGGCGACGAGGAGCCCGCCUCGCAGUCAGACAAGAGCGAGCUGCACGGCACGUUGAAAACCCUCUCGAGUAAACUGGAGGAUCUGAGCACUUGCCAUGAGCUGAUCGCCAAGCACGGGGCGGCCCUGCAGCGCUCCCUCAGCGAGCUGGAGAACCUGAAGCUGCCGGCCGAGAGCAGCGAGAAGAUCAAGGCGGUGAACGAGCGAGCCACCCUCUUCCGCAUCACCUCCAAUGCUAUGAUCAACGCUUGCCGCGAUUUCCUGGACUUAGCCGAAACCCACAGCCGAAAAUGGCAGCGGGCGCUGCAGUAUGAGCGGGAGCAGCGGAUCCGGCUGGAGGAGACCAUCGAGCAGUUAGCCAAGCAGCACAACAGCUUGGAGCGAGCCUGCCGCGGGGCCCCCGGCCUCUCCUCCAGCACCACCGGCAUCACCAGCAGCGCCAAGGGGAGCGUGCAGUCUGCCAAAGGAGAGGCCAGUGAUGAAGAUGAAGAGACGGAGUAUUUUGAUGCCAUGGAGGAUGCACCAGCGUUUAUCACUGUAACCGCAGACCCCAAGCACCACAGGCGUUCGGGCAGCAACCUGAGUGGGGCCAGCGAGGGCCACCCCGAGGACUGGAACCUGGAGGACAGUGUCUUUGAAAGCUCCAAUCAAAGCAGCUACAAUGAGUCCACUUGCAAAGAUCUCCUGCCGAAGAAAAGGAGACGGACUCGCAUCCCCGACAAACCCAACUACAGCCUUAACCUCUGGAGCAUCAUGAAGAACUGCAUCGGCAAAGAGCUCUCCAAGAUCCCCAUGCCUGUGAACUUCAACGAGCCGCUCUCCAUGCUCCAGAGGCUGACGGAGGACCUGGAGUACCAUGAGCUGUUGGACAAAGCGGUCAAGUGCGAGAGCUCCACGGAGCAGAUGUGCUUCGUGGCCGCCUUCUCGGUGUCUUCCUACUCCACCACCGUCCACCGCACCGCAAAGCCCUUCAACCCGCUGCUGGGGGAGACCUAUGAGCUGGACCGGCUGGAGGAGUUUGGCUUCCGUUCCCUGUGCGAGCAGGUGAGCCACCACCCCCCGGCAGCCGCCCAUCACGUCUACUCCAAGCGAGGGUGGACGUUGUGGCAGGAAAUCACGAUCGCCAGCAAGUUCAGGGGCAAAUACCUCUCCAUCAUGCCACUGGGCGCCAUCCACCUCGAGUUCCACUCCAGUGGGAAUCACUAUGUCUGGAGGAAAGUCACCUCCACCGUUCACAACAUCAUCGUGGGCAAGCUCUGGAUUGACCAGUCUGGUGAAAUAGAGAUUGUUAACCAUAAGUCAAAAGAUAAAUGCCAGCUGAAAUUUACCCCCUACAGCUACUUCUCCAGGGACGUCCCCCGAAAGGUGACAGGGGUGGUGACCGACGCUGAUGGUAAAGCCCACUACGUCAUGUCAGGCACAUGGGAUGAGAAGAUGGAGUGUUCCAAGAUAGUGCACAGCAGCCACGGCAGCACAAGCACGGAGGGCAAGCAGAAAACCGUCUACCAGACGCUGUCUCCAAAGGUCUUGUGGAAGAAGUACCCACUUCCGGAAAACGCCGAGAACAUGUAUUUCUUCUCUGACCUGGCCCUCACCCUGAAUGAGCCUGAGGAGCGGGUGGCCCCCACAGACAGUCGGCUGCGACCUGACCAGCGGCUGAUGGAGAGUGGCCGCUGGGAUGAGGCCAACGUGGAGAAGCAGCGGCUGGAGGAGAAGCAGCGAGCCGUGCGCCGGCGGAGAGAGGCCGAGGCCGUGGAGGCCCUGGAGGAAGGCAAGGACUACGAAGGCUACAUCCCACUGUGGUUUGAGCGCAAGGUGGACGCUGUGACGGGGGAGCUGAUCUGCGUCUAUAAGGGUGGCUACUGGGAGGCCAAGGACAAGCAGGACUGGAGUUCAUGCCCCGACAUCUUCUGAGCCACACCGGGGUGGCCGGCUCCGCGCCUGGAGUCACUGGGACGGACAGAGGGACAGCGGGGACACGCUGGCAGCGUCCCACCAGCAGUAACCGUGCAGAUACACACACAGAGUCAAUACACGCAGAGAUUUGACAAGAAAAUCUAAACAGGGAUUCCAAACCUAUUUUUUUACGCACUAAUAAAUAGCAUCCUUUUUUUUUUUUUUUUUUU